AAAGCUUCCAUCCGGAAGUAGCGAGUGUGUAACGAUAUGGCAGAUGAAAGGUUUAAUAAUCCGCCCAAAACACAUUUUCAGAACACGAAGGAGAGGAGCAAAGAGACCCUGUCGGCGGCACAGAAGGAGUUUAUCCGACAGGAGCUGAACAAGUCAAAGGGGACGAGCCUAAGGACACGAAACAUAGCAACAGGGCUGAUAAUUGGGGCGUUUGCUGUGGGCCUGUUCAGCUACACCGUGUGCUCCGUGAAACAGGAGCGGCUUAUGGACGAGGUUGAUGAGGAGGCGAGGAGUGCGGUCGUUAGGGGGCCGAGGACCGGAGCCAACUCUUAGCGUUACAUUAUUAGAAGCACGUGGACAAUCGGUGGGGCCUGGUGGUGCCCGCUGCUGUUGACCUGACUGGACAGCAGGGUCGGUGUUUCUGAUGCCGGUGAUUUUCACUGGGGAUUGGGCUCUACAUUUAGGUGAUUAUAUCUCCUCCUUUGUGCCCUUAAGAUAAGGGUAUUGUGUAUCUGUCCUUUCCAUCCUGUGCAAUAAACUCAAAACAGUU